GUUUUCAUAGAUAGUGAAGACAAAUAACAGGGAUAUCAGAACAGGGAGGUUGGUAGUGGUGCUCCUCAAACCAUGACCUAUCUAGCGUUAAAGAUAUGCGUUUACUUGAGGCUUUACUUUUAGAAAUGUGAAGCAGGGGGCUUCAGAGAAGACCCCUCCUUCCAGCAGCUGGAGGACAGCGAUGUCAAAGUGAACAAAAGCACUUGGAGAAGAGAAGAAAAAGCAGACGGAGGUGCAGUUCAUGCUUGCACAGAGCAGAUGCUGAACAUCACACCCGACACUCUUCCUUUUGCACUUCUAUGGCGAAGAAGCUGCUGAGUUUUCUACCCAGGACUAUUGUUUUAUUGUUUUUGACUUAUUAUAGUGGUUAUAUGGCAAUGAUAGUUGCAGGUUAGUCUUCUUUUUCCUUCUUUAUUUUAUUUGAAAAGGUGUGAGCCUGAGAUCGAGAGCGCGCGCGAGCUCGCUCUGUUUAGAGGAACAGCCAUCAGUCCAUCUCGAUCAGGUUCACGCGCAUCCUGACUUCAACCAUGAAAUUCGCGCACGUCUUGCUGAAGAACGCUUCGAGGUUCAAUAUACCGAAGCAAGUGGACAGGUUUUCGAAGUUCUCACCAUCGCCUCUGUCCAUGAAACAGUUCAUAGACUUCGGUUCUGCCAAUGCCUGUGAGAAGACCUCUUUCAUAUUCCUUCGUCAGGAGCUUCCUGUCAGACUGGCCAACAUCAUGAAGGAGAUCGACUUGCUCCCUGACAAGCUCAUCAGGACACCGUCCGUUCAGCUGCUACACAGUUGGUAUACACAGAGUCUCAUGGAGCUUGUGGACUUCCUGGAAAAAGAUCCUGAAGAUAAAAGUGUUUUGAGGAAUUUCACAGAGGCGCUGAUCAACGUGAGGAAUAGACACAAUAAUGUGGUCCCCACAAUGGCACAGGGAGUGCUGGAGUACAAGGAGGCUUUCGGCGUGGAUCCAGUGACCAAUCAGAAUGUCCAGUAUUUUCUAGAUCGCUUCUACACAAGUCGUAUUUCCACACGUAUGCUUAUGAACCAGCACACACUGAUCUUCAGUGGGAGCACAAAUCCAGCUCACCCGAAGCAUAUCGGUAGUAUCGACCCUAACUGUGAUGUAGUGGAGGUAGUAAAAGAUGCGUACGAGAGCGCCAGGAUGCUCUGUGAUCAAUAUUACCUGACGUCUCCAGAAGUGACACUCGAACAAGUGAAUUCUAAAGACUCCAGCGAGCCUGUUAAUAUUGUCUACGUGCCAUCUCAUCUUUAUCACAUGCUCUUUGAGCUCUUUAAGAACGCAAUGAGAGCGACUGUAGAAACCCACGAGAACAGCUUGCAUCUCCCACCCAUUAAGGUUCGGGUGUCUCUCGGACAUGAAGACCUGACCAUAAAAAUGUCGGACAGAGGUGGAGGCGUGCCUUUAAGGAAGAUUGAACGUCUUUUUAGCUACAUGUAUUCUACAGCUCCGAGCCCUGUGAUUGACAAUGCUCGAAACGCACCACUGGCUGGCUUUGGUUAUGGCCUUCCUAUCUCACGCCUCUACGCCAGGUACUUCCAGGGAGACCUCCAGCUCUACUCAAUGGAGGGAUAUGGCACAUCAGCUGUCAUUUACUUAAAGGCAUUAUCCUCCGAGUCUGUGGAGAGACUACCGGUUUUUAACAAGUCAACCUUAAGACAUUACCUGACGAGCAAUGAAGCAGAUGACUGGAGCAUCCCGAGCAGUGAACCCAAGAAGCUGGGAAAGUAUGAUUACAGUGUUCCAGAACAAAGAGCAGGGUGAAAUAAUGGAUUAAAAUGGGAUAAAAACUUAGGGACAAGCAACCAUGCCUUAGACUAUCAUUUUCAUUCAUUAUCAGUCUCUGAAAUUCUGGCUUUACAUUAGGGUGUGACCAUGAGCGUGGGCAUUUGUUUUGAACUUCACCAUAUGUAUUGCUUUAUCCAUGUAUUUUCAGUAUAUAAGCUAAUUUCCUUUCAAAUUCAGUGUAAUGAACAAAAACAGCAUAAGGAUUUUUUUUCUUAUGUUCCCCUCCCUUAAUGUGGUAUAUAUAUAUAUAUAUAUUGGUGUAAGACAAUAGUCAGAAUUAUGACUAACAAAAAAAAUAGGAAGUUCAAAUCAAGUUUUAGGUGGGUCCAAGUUUAUCCUGUGUCUAACUCCCCCAAUGAAACUGACAAGAACAAAAGGAAUAAAAUGUUGAUAUUCAGAUAUUUUAGACUCUCUAGACCCAGAGGGAUUUCCCUGUAACUUGUUGAAAUUUUUUUAAAUGACAUAAAAACCAAACAGUAAAAAUAGUUUUAAUGUUAAAAAUCUAUUUAUGGAGUGUAUAAGUGUACUUGAGUCGGUUUCCCAAAAUUAGAAAGGAAAUUUUUUUAUGUAAAUUGAUUAAAUCAGUGAAUAAAUAUUGAUUAUUAGAUUAAAUAUGUAUUUCCUCUAAUAAGUAAAUUUGCUUUAAGCUGAACAGUGAGAUGCAGCCAGUAGAAACUACUGGAACAUGUGGCAAAUUAUAUGAGCUCCCAAGAUGAUAAAAAUUUGGAUAUAUGGCCAAAUACAGUCAAAUAAAUUAUGCAAGCAUUGCAUACUGUAAGAAAAAAAUGCAUGUGAUUUUAUUAUUUAAUAAGAAAUGGAAGCAGUGUGUGCAGUGGUAGUAAGAAUUGACAAAAGGUACACAAGAUUUUAGAUUCUGUUCAACACUCCAUUCUGGCUGUGUUCACAUUACAAGGUUUAAUGUGUAGAAACGUUUUUUUUGUUUUUUUGGUGGGCAGAUCUUAUUGUUUUGGCUUAUCGUUCUGAGCAGCAAGCAUGCAGGCAAAAUCCAACCUCGAAUUCGGCACUGUUUGAUCAUUCAAACCCGAUUUCAUAUAAGGUUUUUUUUUUUCUUCGCAUUUCUGUUCUUUCUUGACCAUACAAUCCCACCAGUCCUAGCUCAUCUCCUUGGUCUACAGUUCUCAUUUAAACUUUGAUCAUGAUAUUUACCAGCUUUCAGUUUCAGCUUACCAGCAAGUAUUAUUCAGUAUAUGCACUGUUACUAUAGCAACCAAAUUGAAUAUGCAAGCAAAAGCAACUACGGUCCAAAGACACAAAUCCAUUUUCUGGUACUUCGUCUCAGAAAAAUAAGGACAUCUUGAGCAAUCGUAUUUGUGUAGCUAGCUACUAAUGUUACUAAUGUGUGCACAAUCAGUAACGAGAAAUGAUCUUUAAGAUCCAGUAUGUUCAGGUUUGCUCAUAAAAAUGUUGUAACAUCAAGGUCAAGGUGGAUGACCCCCAGUCGAAUGAUCGCUCCAUUGCAUUUGUACAUAUCUGAGGUUAAAUAAACUGUAGCGUACUUUGUCCUUCUAUGUGAAUACAAACAUUCUUUCAAGAUUUCUGAUAUACAUUCAUACAACUUUAAUAGUCUUUUUUUGUUUUUGUUUGUAUAACAACAUUAGUGCACAUUGCACUGCUUCCUUCUCUUAUUUCCGGCCUUUUUUUUUUUUAACCUGGUCAGGAAUCGCAGACUUUCCUUCUGCAAACCUCCAAAGAAAUGUUUUUUUUUUCUUUUCAUUAAAUUAAUUAAAUUAUUCAUCCAGCCUGUUCAUGCUGAUAACUGAUAUACAUCAUGUAGAAAAAACAGGGAGAUAGACAGGGAGAUCCGGUCUGAGCCGAUCUGGGAAAAUAGGAAAUUGAGCAAUAAAACUUGUAAUAUGAACGUAGCCUUGCUGUGAAUGUGAAUAUUAUGUAAGAAGUUCCAUGAGUAGUGUACAAUGUCGUCGUAGGUGUAAUGAGUGCUGUAUAUGUAUGCAAUGCAAAAAGAAUAAUAAUAAUAAUUAAAACAACCCGGAAAAACAGUAUACGGAUGUAAUGCUUUGACCACGCUGAAAAAACAAGUUCCUUUAUUUUUCUAACAUCCGAAUGGUGAUCAAAUGAGCAGUGUUAAACAAGUCAGAGAGCAGAAACAUGCAGUAUAAGGGCCUGGUUUAAUAUGUUCAAUAUUUAUAUUGCUGCAGUAGAAACAUGCAAUAAUAUACAGUAUGUUGUCUUUCAAAUGUCGUGGCUGAUGUGGUCACUGUGGCCAAAUUCUGUAUAUACCUUAAACCUAAUUUCUUUCCCUAAUCUAAGUUUGUAUUUUCUUUUUACCAAAUUUGUGGAUUUUAACACCGUAACACUGAAGUAACAAGAUUGUAUUUACUUCCAUAUGGUUUUUUAAUCAUCACAAGCAUUUGUUUUGUUUAUUUGCAUGAUCUCAGGAUAAAGAAAAAUAUGCCAUGCUUUUUUUGUGUUGGAAUUCUAAAAGCCGUGUGUGUAUAUGCAUCCUGAACAGGAUUCUACUAUAAUACUGUCCAAAAACUGUGGGAUGAGUUUUUUGUUUGUUUGUUUUCAAGCCAGUGUAAAUGCUGAAACCCGGCGACGAUAUUAACAGGAAAAAAACUUUUUGCUUUGUAUCCACGUGCCAAUGCUCAGCUUAUUUUGUCGUGCUGCACGUUUUUCCUUUUUGUACGAUGUGGAUGCCGUCAGCAUCUGACGUUAAUUUCUUUCUUUUCUUCUUUUUGUGCACUACAGCGUGUUGUUACUUUUACCUCACCAUCUUUAUUUAUAGUCCUGUGGACGUGACACAGGCCAGGAACCGUAACUGUCGAGGCAAAUCAUCAGUGUGAUUUACUUCCUGUUUUGUAAACCACUUAACUGUUUUGCACAUGCCGUGCUUUUUGACGGUAGCGUUUCUUUUUCCACUGAAUUUAUUGAAAUCAUACAAUAAAAGAAGAGAAUACUGUUGGGA